AUGUCCUCCCCCUUGCAGAAUGCGUCUUCUAGCACAUUUGACACGUCAAUCCUCACCCUUCAGGCCGACUUUUCCAGUGGCCUCACCCUUUUGACAACAGCUCCCACUGCCAAUGAAUUCCUCAGAGCUACAGAGGGUCCAUUUGCGGAGUUGAAAGAGCUAGUUAUGCAGCAUACUUCAAUUGCAAACAGACCACGAUUUCAACCCCUCGCCCCCCCGAAGAACAUUUUGAAGGAGAUUGUGCAGAAGAUAUGGGGUCAUUCAUCUGUUCAGACAGUUGAUGAUAUUGGUGAGAUUCUAGAGAACGGACACGUCACAGAUGAUUUGAGCCUCGAAGUUUUUUUGGAAGCUUGCAUCGCAGGCUAUGCCAAGAAAAGGGAGAGGUCACCCCAAGAAGUCAUGAAACGUUUCCGAUUACACAAUCCUUCCGAAGCGGGCCAAACAGCCUGGCAGGCAUGGCUCAAGCUUCACCCUGGAAUUGAUAGUCAAGAGGCUGCAAGGCUGUGUAAAUCACACCAAGAAGCUGUUGAGAAGCACUACCCCGAUUGCGCGGCAGAGGUGAAUGCAUUUUACGAAAAAGUCCUGAUACAUUGUGGAGACAUUGUUUUGUCAAAGGAUGAAAGGGAUGCUAAACCCAACGAAGGCCUCUAUCUGUUGCAGAAGGUAACUGGAAAGUACGCCGCUCAGCUUGCUGCACUCAGCACCAUUCACCCCAUUGGUGUGGCUGUAGUGGGAUUCAUAGCAGACGACACACUUUCCCCUCGAGACUCGACUAUCGCUUUUACUAGCUCUCCGAUGAUCGCGGAAAUGGUCAAAGCUAUGGGCCUACCCCUUGCAGAGGAUGCCGCAUUGGCGAUGAGAAACUUUUACGAUGGAAUAAAGGCAUUCAGCCCAUAUCAACCUGAUGCCAUCAAACAGAGAGACUUCCUUCAUCAUCUUGGAGCAUUUAACAAUUCCAAAACGUCUACCAGCGAGGUGUUUGGGGCCUCUGGUCUCAUGAAGUCCAUUGUGACGCAGGCGAAGCAAAGCGUCCAUUUCAGUGAUGAUCUGGACCGAUAUUUGGGUAACACUACUGCGAAAUCAGAGGUUGAGUGUGAUGCAGAGGACGUGGAUUAUCACACACCUUUAUUGAAGAUGAAGGAAGGCCUGAGCACUAUAGACCGGGCAUAUGGGGCACAUACCGUUCGCCGCACUGAUUGUGCUGGGAAGCUCAAAGCCAUGAUUCAGGAGGCGACAGGCAUAAUGGACCUUGGGCACAACUGGAGAGGUGUCAACAUACUUCCGUUCUUGCUUGAACACCGUCUCCGUUUUGCCGGUUGGCAUCGCGGUGUUCGACACCUAAACAGAGGGCUUCCGUGUGAUUGGACCCCACACGAAACUGCACGGUGCAUGUUACAGUUCGAUCAUGAGGAUCCGGUGCAGACCUUAAGGGUGGAACACAUGACAGAUGAUGAGUACCUGAAGCGUGAGGUGUUACACUAUGCACCGGAUGGGAACGGCAACGUCAGUAAAUAUGCAUUACCUCAAAAUGAAGUAAGGAGAGCAGUUGGGAAAACGGCCAUCAUCCCGGCAUCAUCCCACAAACGUUCAAUUGGAGACGGCACAAUACCCACCCCAUCUCCUAAGCAAAUCAAAAGGGGGUCUAGAGCCACGCGUACACGCACCUCAACCAAACAUCCUCGUGCGACACCUAGGGCCAAGAAACAGGCAAGGAAGACUGCCCUACUUGAGUGCGAGGCGUCGGGUCCACAGGAUGAGGGAACAGUGCCUGAAACACCACCCAAACACUCGCCUGAACUGAGCACGUCUUCCUCACCAGUAAAAAUGGAGGUGAUAGACCUAGCUGGAUCUCCGCAGGCCGCACAUCAAGCCCCCUGGCAUGAAUGUGGGCCGCAACUCCCUGACGAACCGGAAAACGAUGUCUUCACAGCACAGGCCAGUAAAACGAAUAUGGAGCUGCCUACGCCAAUGGUCAUCCCGCCUAUUAGGUUAAUCCAUCCAACGCCGCACAGUACUCCCGUCAAAGUUCAAGAGGCACCAAAGAUCAUAAAUACUGGAAGCGUGCACCUCACUGUGAACGAAGGGACAGUGGCUAGUACUCCUGUUGGGGUUCGAGAGGUGUCAAGGAUCAUAAAUAACGGAGGCACACACCUUGCUGUGAAUGGAGGGGCAGCGGCUCGUGAACCAUCAGAGGCACCGUCUUCAACAAUGAGCAUGAGUGGUGAGGUUCCUACCUUUGAUGCCUUCUUCAAGUGUGCAUGCCACUCAGUGUGGCGGAGCGCACGGAGAAUCCUUCCAGGCCUUCGUUUGUGGGCGCUAGUGGCGGAAGAUGUUGAACUCCUUGUGAGGAUUGACAUCAUCGCCCAGUAUGUUGAGAGGCAGGAGCCACCUCCCAAUGUCUUGAACAUUGGGCAACACUGGAGAAUGGUUCACACUGCUGGACAGGAGCUUUGCGAAAGGGGUGCUGAUGGCGGGGGCAUUGCAAUGCAGGUGUUACAGUUGCUUGAUGAGAUCGAGGCUGGCGAGGAGGAAGACAUUAUCAAUAUGUGGGCCUACAUGUUGCCAGAGUAA